CGGUAAAUCAUAUCAUAUCAGCCGAUUUCCGGAGUGAUGCAGGCGUCGAUACUCUCGCCGACGCAGAAGUAUGCCGCCUCUGCUCUCUUCGCUCUGGCACUUCAUCACUCUCAAAUUCGCCAAACGCAGCCCUGGAAUCCUCUUCGUCAGACGAAAGAGGAACCUCUUGGUGAAGGUGCAAGCCUUGGCAAGAUCGUUUCAGUUUCCGAUAAUCCUCAGCUUUGGAUCCAUGAAAACUCUGGUUUACUUUUGCCUGUUUUUAGGUGCAUGGGAUUGGAUGAUAAAGCUUGGCAUGGACUCAAGGAAACUGCUGGUGUUUCUUCCCAACCACGGCAUCACGCCGCUUCAUUCUUGACGUUGCUGUCAGAGGAAAGUGAUGAAGCUUCUUCAGCUAGAAAAGACAAGGAACUCGCUUUGGUUAAAGCUGUUCAUGCUACAGUGCUUUGCAUGGAUCCUCUUUCUUCUGAAGAUACUUGCAACAGCAGUCAGGAGUAUGAAAUUAAGUGCCGUGAAAAAUAUUCCACUGCCAUGACGAAACAAGCUGAUGCUGAUGCCUCAAAAGAUAAUGAAACCAUUGAGAGUCCCAAAAUGCCAAGUAAAGAAAAUAGAGGUCCUGUGAAACUACUGGAAGAGGGGGAAUUGCUCACUGAACAGAGGAAAGUAACAGUUCUUUAUGAGCUUCUUUCAGCUUGUAUAGCGGACUGUACUGAGGCUGCAUCAAAAAAUGCUCAACAGCAAAAGGGAUAUGAUGCUCGACAUCGGGUGGCUUUACGAUUGCUUGCUACAUGGCUUAAUGUCAAAUGGAUAAAAGUGGAAGCCAUCGAGAUAAUGCUUGCUCAGUCUCUUGUGCCUUCAACAGAAACAAAUAGUGCCGAGGAGGAUGAAAAUAAAACUAGAGAACAAAUGGACAAAUGGAAGAGGGGAGGUAUUAUUGGUGCAGCUGCUUUAACGGGAGGAACAUUGCUGGCUAUUACUGGUGGUCUAGCUGCCCCAGCGAUUGCACAGGGAUUGGGUGCCCUAGCUCCUGCAUUAGGCACUAUGCUUCCAGCAGUUGGAGCAGGCGGAUUUGCUGCAGCAGCAACUGCUACAGGAUCAGCAGCUGGUUCAGCUGCCAUUGCUGCAUCAUUUGGAGCUGUGGGAGCUGGCCUUGCAGGUGGUAAAAUGGCUAGAAGGACCGGAAACCUUGAGGAAUUUGAAUUCAAAGAGAUUGCAAAAAAUCAUAACCAAGGGCGACUAUCAGUUGGAAUUUCUAUUUCUGGAUUUGCCUUUAAGGAUGAGGAUUUUGUAAGACCUUGGGAAGACUAUGAAGAUAACUUGGAAAGGUAUGUGCUAAAGUGGGAGUCUGAGAUUUUGUUUGCAUUGAGCACAGCAAUACAAGACUAUCUUACGUCAAGAGUUGCUAUGGAGUUAAUGAAAGAUGGUGCCAUGCUGACUGUAUUAAGCACACUUCUAACAGCCCUAGCUAUGCCAGCAACAGUGGUUGCCGCAGCUGAUAUUAUAGACAGUAAUUGGGCAGUUGCAGUUGACAGGUCUGAUAAAGCGGGAAAGUUGCUUGCAGAGGUGUUGUUGAAAGGAAUGCACGGGAACAGACCUGUGAUGCUCAUUGGUUUCUCGUUAGGAGCUCGAGUAAUUUUUAAAUGUCUCCAAUGUCUAGCAGAAACAAAAGGAGAUAAUGCUGGAAUUGUUGAGAGAGUUGUUCUUCUUGGAGCACCAGUUUCAAUAAAAAAUGAAAAUUGGGAAGAUGCCCGAAAGAUGGUGGCUGGCAGAUUUGUCAAUGUUUACUCUACAAAUGAUUGGACACUAGGAAUUAUUUUUCGUGCCAGGUGACUUGUAUAUAUACUCUCUUAAUUAAGUCAUAUCUUGCAAUCCUUAAACCUUUGAAGGAAUUAUUACACUCUGAAUUUAUGAAACAGAAACCUUGUCCUUAAUUAGCUAUGCAUGGAUAAGGAAACAUUCUCUCGCUUAUUUAGUGACAUGGUUGACGCUAAGGCCUUAGCGAGUGUAUGCCUUUGGUUUAUUUUUUAAAAUAGCGCAUGCUCUUGGUUAAUGUUAAAAUGCUCACACAUCUACUCAUUACUUGAACCUUAAUCAAUGGAAAAUAUUUCAUAAUAUUCUUUCCUUACAUUUCUAGCAUUUUAUCUUCUGAAUAUUCAAAAUCAAUAAUUACUUGUGGCUUCUAACUAAAUUCCCCGUUCUACAGCUUACUGUCCCAGGGCUUGGCUGGAAUUCAACCAGUUGAUAUUAUUCAUGGGAUUGAGAAUGUUGAUGUAACAGACUACUUGGAAGGCCACUCAUCCUAUCUUUGGAAGACAAAAAAAAUCUUGGAGCAGCUUGAUCUGGAGAGUUAUUAUCCUGUUUUCAAGACCAAUGGAGCCGAAUCCCAGGAAGAUAAAAGCCCUGUAACCUAGAAUUCUCUCCUUUUGUUCUCCGGCCAAAUUUUCUAUUUUACAUCAUCUUUGUUAAUUAGUUACUUGAUUUAAAAUAAAAUUAUCGUUUGGUUAAUGAGCAUUGGUCCAGUGUGAUGAGCUAAACGAUAUCGUUAGUCCUCGCAUUCAAAGCAACGUUAGUUCUUUAACCGUUGCUGAGCUUGCUGAUCAAGGCAAUGUAAACAAAACUUCGAAUUACUC